ACUUGCGCACUUGCUUCCCCCUCCAUGCGCUACCCCUGCCGUCCCACAACACCGGCCAUCCUGCGAGCUGAAUCAGCACCGUCACCGUGUCGUAGAUCACCACACGUGAGAGGGAGCACGCAAAAGUGUCCAGAUGCACGAGAGACACGCGUUCGGGCGCGUCGGUCUGUGAGUGAGUGAGUGAUGCCGGGGCUCGUGAACGACAGUGAUCGGCGAGCCGGACGCCAGGAGUGGGACAGGUAUUCUGGCGAUGAGUUUCUUGUGGCCCGGGUACUCGAGAACUGCCGAAGUGGAGGCAAUGAAGUAACAUUUUUGUGUCGAUUUCGACAGCCUGCUUGCACCAAACCUUCGAGAAUAUGAACUCGAUCGCGGCGGCCGUUGCUUGUACGGGCGCCGCACGCUGAGAAGAACUCUACGACAUUCCAAGUGAUAUUUUUCGUGUUCGACUUUCGGAUCUCAUAAGUGACCAGGCGUUUGCUCGAUUUGAGUUCCAUUGAUCAGGGAUUAUAGACUAUAGUCGUGGGGAAAGUGUGGGGAGGCGGAGAGUUUGUGACGCAGAUCGUGUCACAAGCCUGUUUGAUUGAUCUUUGAUCAAGGUUUAUGAUGCGCUCCGUCGGCGUGUGACAGUGGGAAAAUGAAAUAACACGGAGCCCCGUAAGCGGUAGGUGUGACGUCGGUAGGUGAUAGCGGCGGAGAGAGCAGCGGAAGCGGAUGGGCGCGGCUGGGCGUCGAUGGCAUACCAGACGGGAUGCUUGCUUUAUAUCUGACCCUGAGCCCGCUGUCACUCCCUUCUUCCCUCGCCUUGGGCUUCGUCUGGCUUGCUCGCUCGUUGUGGGACGCGGCGGCCUGGGUUCGGUCCUGUUGGAGCUCUUGAAGGUGAUUGGCCGGAUCAAUUAGGAAGUGCGGGGGAAGAUAGUGCCAGAUACUACCCAGCCGCAUGUAGCGUCUGUGCAGCUUGGGUGCAGCUGUCCGUCUGGAAAAGGCUUGGGCACUCGAGGCUCGCUCUCCUGCUGCGCGACUGCGCGAUGGUGCAUAGGGGGGGACGGAUCACAUUGACCGACCGUAUCAUAUCCACUGCCUCGUGGUCAAGUGAUGCAGAUGUCAUUGACUCGGUGAAUUGAGAUCCUCUCCGUUUCUUGCUCUCUUCGCCAUUGCAGUUCUCCAAGCGGAAUGCCACCGGACACGACACCGGACUCGGCCGCGCUCUUAAAGGAGCGGAGGUUCAAGCUGAGCAGGGCAUGCGACCGAUGUCGACGCCGGCGCAUCAAGUGCGACGAGGGUCACCCGUGCCAGGCCUGCCUGGCAGCGAACUCAGCGUGCACAUUCGAGGAGCAGGGCAAACGCACGCACCCGCACAAGUCGAAGCGCACCGCGACGCUCGAGGACCGCAUGCACCAGCUCGAGACGCUCGUGCAGGCGAUCCCCCCGGCCGUCUUCGCGGCGACCAUCGGUGGUGCGGCGCCAGGUGGAUCGGGGAUGGGCAUGGGCGCCCCUGCGAGCCCCGUGGCGCCGUACACUGCAUUCACGCUGCCGCUGGGCGUACCACCGCCUUCGCUACACAACUACCCCCUCACGAAUCCAUCGACACACUUUAUGCCCCGGGAAUCUAAGCAGGAAGAACGUGCGGGUUCGUGCUCGUCCGAGAUGGGCGAUCAGCUCGCGGAAGACACUUCUCGGCUAACGCUAUCCGCAUCCUACCUGUAUUUCGACGACGAGGGGUUUACUCGGUGGCAGGGCGAGGCAUCGGGCUUGCCGCUGCUGGAUCUAUUGGUCGAGCGACAUGUGCCGUCGACGGCAGACACACCACCCAGCGUCCCGGCUGAGCAGGAUUGGUUCCCUAAUCGAACGGCUCGCCGCAUGGAUGUGAAUCCAGAGACGACGUGGAGACUAAUAACUUCAUACAUUCCCCCAGAGCUGAUGGACAAUCUCGUCCAGUGCUUCCUGUCUACAUCCUCCUACAUCCUCCCUUUCUUGCAUGUCCCGACAUUUCUCGGCGACUACAGCAAUCCUCAGAAGUGGGGAGAGCCGGGCUUCCCGAUGUUCAUUGUGGCGAUCUGCUGCCUAGCCUCACGGCACAUGGAUGACCCCCGUGUGAGGUCUUCUCCCAAAGACGGUGUUUCGGCUGGAACACAGUGGUUCGAACUGUUCGAACGGCUUCGGAUGAUGCCGAUAGCGGAUCGCCCUACUUUAUACACCAUCCAGGCCAAUCUCAUCGCUGCUGUAUAUGCUGUCGGGCUGGGGAAACUAACGAAGGCGGCUGCGCUGCUGUCAGAGGCGAUCACGAUGUCCAUCGACGCGGGUCUGCAUCGGAGCGCGGACACGUACGAUCUAUUCGAUGCGAUCGAGGAGGAAGUCCGGAAGCGCACGUUCUGGUGUGUGUACAUAUGGGACAAGCAGCUUUCUGCCCACUUUGGCCGCCCCCCGAUGCUCCGACUGCGCGACUGCGAUGUCGGCGAGCCCGCGCCUGUGGACGACGAGUACAUCACGCCGGAAGGCGUCGGUGCGCCCGCCGGGUUGCCUCCCGGCGCACACUGCCGGAUGGCCGCGUUCGUGGUCGCGCUGCGGAUCCUGGUUGUGCUCGAGAGCGUACUGGACAUCCCACCAGCGAGAGACACAGCUGGCGGGUCUUUCCUUCUGAGAGCUGCUUCCGUGCUGAGCAACCCGCGGCCGCGGCGCGAGCUCCGCGACGAGGAGACGCUGCUGGACGAGAUCCACCACAGCAUCCCGCCGCAUUUCGCGCACUCCACCGAGACGCUGGCCAGCGAGGACACCAUCCGCGUCACCCAGGCGGUGCGGCUUCACUGUGCGGAGCAGUUCGUGCGGCUGCUGAUCUACCGACAUCGAUUCUCGGAGUUGGUGGCCGAACGCACGGCGCCGAUGGAUCCGAUUGCGCGGCCACCGCAAAGCCAGGCCGAGCAGGAUGCGAUGGUCAAGGCGCAUUACGCUGCGCUGCAGAUCGUCACGUCCCAUGUUCUGAUCGCCAAGCGAGGGCUGAUGACGUACUAUGGUGUCCACGUGAUUCACCAACUGACUCAGGCUGGUCGCACUUUGGUUGCGAUCCUGCUCAACUGUCAAACAGAACCGCUGCAACCGUUGAUACAGCCUGGUCUCGAUGGCGUGCGAUCAUGUGUGCUGUUGCUUCGCCGGUUCAGUGGUCGCUAUGUAUGUGGCCAGCGGUCGGGGGAUUUGAUGGAAGAGUUCUGCCGACUGACCCAGAUUCCGCUGGGAGAGCCACCCGAAACGAACGGGAACCCCAACGCGCGGCCCCCUUGGGUGAGGCCCGUGCGCAAAAAGUCGGUGGCCAUGAACGCCAUUACGUCGAGAAGCUCUGAAGGCUCGAGCCCGGAUGCAGACCGCGUCUCUGUGCAGGCGUUCGACGCCGAGUACGUCUCUUCUCUCUCUGUCGAUCCGCUCGCGCUGUCGGUGGACACAGACCCGCGGAUGUUGGCGGAUGUGUUGGCCAUGUUCACGGACAGCUCACCCACGGAUGGGAGUCAGAUGUUCCCAGCGGACGAGUUUGAUGGGGCAUUUGGUGCUGCGGGAUUCAAGAUGGGGCUCACUUCACCUUGAUCGUUCUGUCUUCUGGUUUACUUAUCACGCGCGCAUGUAUCUACUACUACUAUUUGGAAUGUAAAGCAUCCUGUUGAUUAUCGCUCAUUGUUUUGCUGUCUGUC